UGUUACCCGAGGCACGUUCAAUCAACUCGUUCAAGAGAAGACUAUACUUUCACAAAAGCAUACUAAAAAACGGAAUAACAUAAGCAUUAGGCCUUCUGUCCUUACUACACAAAUGUGAAUACGAAUAGCAGUAGUCAAUACUAUGUUCCUUUUGAGUGAUUGAGUCUUUGGAGUAUAAAAUAAACUGUUUAAUCCAAGUUUUAGUACUAUAGAGGGAAGUUUGUACUCUCAAGGAUGUUUGUUUUUUAGCGGUUAUAAAUUUUCGUUCUGGUUGUUGCUGAGAUUAGUCAUGUUUCUUAUAUUUGUGAGGUCAGAUUCAUAAUAUUACAAAACGGCACUUUGAAGUUUCGCAGUAAUUGAUAAGUGGCAGUCGUUGUUGUGUGAUUAGUACUUCUUUUUUGUAUCUUCCACAGGGCCCGUUUUAAAUGCCAUUUAACCCAUGCCUACAAAAAACGCAAAGAAUAUCUCUGAGCUUUAACUGUUGAAAUCUAUCCAGAAAAAUACUUCCAACUACUGUUCAUUAGAAUUCAGUACAGGCUAGUCAUUUACCUAUUACUAUACCAGUAACCUACUAUAAAACACAAUGGGAAAUUGUAUUUUUGCUGGAAAGAAGUUGUUUAGUCAAUGCUACAAUCAUCUCGGACAAAGUAGAAAGUCCUCUGCCGAGUUUGAUUGCUUAAUUGGAAAGGAGAAGUACAGGGAUGUAAAACCAUUCAAAGAACCACGAAAUAUGAUCAAUGAGUACAUGUCAUGGGCCUUGAGUCACAGUCAUUCACCACUUGUCUUCGACGAUGCUAUGUCCCGCUCGUCACUUUCUUCACAUUUUGAUGAGUCAAAUAUACCAAUCUCUUCUAGUUGGGUUAGUGAUGGAGCGCGAAGUGAUGCUUCUCAUGUAUUGUAUAAAGAAUUAGAUCCGUUAAAUAAAGCAACAUCUAUGGAACUUGAUAAGGAAAACAAUACAGUUUUCUAUAAAGAGGGGAGUUGGAUUACUGUUGCAGAGCCUUCAAACGGGAAAUAUGCUACAUCGUCUUCUAUCAGCCAUUAUAUCAUGCCUCCGAAUACUGAACAAACACCAGGAAAUAUACAUCGAGAUGAUAAGCGUAACAUGGUACAUCCGCUUGUAGAAGAAGUUGAUGGAUUAGAACUCGCUCGUUUGGCUAGACGAUUAUGGGACCAUAAAAAAACCAAAUAUGGUAAAUCUGUUGGUUCUAUUGAAAAGGCUGGGAACAAGUCCUAUUCAAAGUCGACACCGCUCGGACGUCCCACUGUUUUAAGACUGCGUUCUACUCCACAGACUGCUUUACCCGAUAUGGAUAAGUCUUCAGUGUCAAAAGAUAUCCACUUUGAGUCACCCGAUAUGGAUUCAGCCUUUGAUUUAGCAUGGGACCAUGAAGUGGACUUAAAUAUUUCCAAUUGCGAAUUGAGAAGACCAUACAGUAAACAUGUUCUACAAUCUAUUAUUUCACAUGAGUUCGAUGGCGAAGGACACUGUAAUCAAUCUAUGGCUCGCAAUCGGUUUUUCGACUCAAAACAAAAAUCACCAACAACACCAAACGUAUAUGAUCCCCGUCCUAAUCAAACUUCAUCAGUUGCCAUUCUCCCGGUACGAAAUGACGAUUUUCAUCCCAUUACAGACAACCGAUGGGUGUCAAGUGAUAGAUUGCCUGGGAAUGCACGUAGUGGUGUAAAAAAACCUGUACCAUCGCAAACUACUAUACCAUGCUCCAACUUAGUCUUAUCACCUACAUCUAAUAGUAGUAAUGUUGACAUAGAAUACAAUACUGGUAAAGUCACUCCUAGACUUGCAUUUCCAGAUAAUCUAUUUGAUUCUGGGUUUGUUGGUGGCGGUGGCAGUAACAUGAUUAGCAGUUUUUCAGAUUUCGAUGACGUUGAUGAAAAUGUUAUUGGUGUAGAUGAAGGGGUACCAGUAGACAAUUUGAUCACCGACCUAUCUACUGAUCAUUCAAGUGAUUUUCUCUGGGAACAUGAGUUAUUCAUUCCACAAAAAUGUUAUAAAGCAAAAGGUGUUCAUUGUCCAACAACUGUAUAAUACUAUUAUUACUACUACUACUACUACCACCAACUUUACUUGUAACAACAAUAAUAAUUGCAGUUAUAAUGUUUAUUUUUAAAAUAAAAUUGAAACAAAACGACGAAACUUCACAUGAAUAAAUUAGAAGAGGAUUUCUUAAACUAAAUUGAUUAUUUAUCAUAACUUUAAUGUUCAUUCAGAAUAUUUAUUCUUCUUUUCGCUUUGUUUUUGAUAUCAAUUUAUUGUUGUUUUUGUCAUUAUAUCGAAUAAUGAAGGUGUGAAAAAUUAAUUCUUACUCUGUAUUGAUUGAUAAAUUUCUCGCUUUUUAAUUUCUUUCUUUGUUUUUUAAACAAAAAAUGUUUCAUCAAACCGGUUAUUUUGUUUUCUUUUGAUUUGCCACCCUAGCCAACAAAUAUAAUCAGUUGUUCUAUCGCUUCUCUCUUUUUCUAUUUCAUUUUGCUAUUGUCGCAUCUCUUUUUUCUCAUCUCCUACAUAAAUCCUAUUUACUUACCCUAGUCAAAACUAUUUGCAUUUGAUUGACUUACUUGUGCUUUUGUUUACUUGAAUGCCUUUUCUCGUGUCCACUGGUUGAUCUUAAAACGAACUUUUAUCAUAAAUUUAAAAAUUACUUUGCUGAUCUGUUUAUGCUGUUCAUUGAUCCUUCACUUUCGUGGUUGAAGGAUUUUGAAUCUGUUCCCCCGCUGUUAAUCUUCAUGAUUCUACAGCGAGCGUUGUGCAUUUCUCCCUUAGCAUUAAAUUCAAUGAAAUUAGGGUAAUUAAUGACCUCUAUAUUUUGGUUUAUUUCUUCUAUUUUGUUGCUUUUUAAUUUAGUCAAUUUAUAUUAACAGAUAUAAAUCACAUAUUUAAUUAUAUUUGUCCUUGCCUCUAUUCAUAAAUAUAUUUGUUAUAAAGCAUUUUCAACGUAUAAUUCCUUCAGUAGGCGAUAAACAAUCGUCGAGCUCAAUCUAACUUAGCUUGUCCGAUUACUUCGACGCAGUUCUGAUGACAGUUAUUUUUAACUUUAAUAGUUUUAGUUAUAAUUGUCAUUGCAACGUUGUAUAAAUACGUUUGUAAUAUUGUAAAAUAUGAGAUAGCUACAAACUUCUUAGAAAUGAUAUCUCCAUAUAAAUUGUUUUCUUUCAUGUUUGUUUAUUGUAGUUUCUAAUCUCUGGAAAAUUCCCAUCAUAUUAAAACACAAUUAUAUGAACGAAG